CCCAAAGUUUCCCAAGCUUUCUGUCGUUGAUGCAUGUGAGGCGACAGACGACGCGCGACACUUCACCAUCCGUUCAUCAUCCAUCCUCCAUCCUCCAUUUCCCGGGCCUCCUCAACAGCACCAUCAUCCUGCUUCUCCGAUCAUCACCCUUCACUCUCGACCCCUCGUACAUCACCCCAGCUUGACCCGCGGACGAUUGCAUCCACCCAAUCAAGCAAGGUGUCCAGCGUAGAGUGAGGAUGGCGCAGGAGGAGGACAAGAGCAAGUCCACGGACAAGGGCAAGGGCAAGGUGGAAGAUGCCAAACAGACAAACGGCGUCAAUGGAACGCAAGAAGCGACCAAGGAUGGCAAGAAAGAUGCCAUCAGCGGGCUCGGGACGGAGGAGCUCAGCGCGGAAGACCAGAAGAUCAAGGAUGAGCUGGACAUGCUGGUGGAGCGGGUGACCGAAGACGACACAUCCCUUUACCAUGCCGCAUUAGACGCCAUCAAGGACAGCAUCAAGACCAGCACCAGCUCCAUGACCGCCGUCCCAAAACCCCUCAAAUUCCUCCGCCCGCACUACGAGCAGUUGUGCGAAACAUACGAAAAGUGGCCCGCAGGCGCAGACAAGGACGCUCUCGCCGACAUCCUCUCCGUCCUCGGAAUGACAUACUCGGAUGAAGGGGAUCGUAGAGACACUCUCAAAUACCGUUUGCUCGCCCCCAGCACCGACCUCGGCUCUUGGGGCCACGAGUACAUGCGCCAUCUCUCUCUGGAGAUUGGCGAGGAGAGGGAGAAGCGGCUAGAUGAAGAGCAGAGCACCUCCGAUCUCACCAACCUCGCCCACACCCUCGUCCCCUUCUUCCUCUCCCACAACGCCGAAGCCGAUGCCGUCGACAUUCUCUCGGAGCUCGAGAUCAUCGAGAAUAUCAAGGAUCACGUUGACGAAAAUACCUACGCCCGCGUGUGUCUUUAUAUGGUCUCCAUGGUCCCACUGCUCACCUACCCCGACAACAACCGCUUCCUCCUCACCGCGCAUGACAUUUACCUGAAAUACAAGAGAUAUCCACAAGCCAUCGCUCUCGCCAUCCGCCUGAACGAUAUGAAACUCGUCAGGGAUGAUUUCUAUGCGCCGGAAGACCGAGCGAUGCGGUUGCAAUUGGCAUUCAUCCUUGGCCGGCAACGGAUAUGUCUCGAUCUCAGUGAAGAAGAUUUGGAAGAUUCGGAGCUGCAAGAGGCCCUGAACAACACCAAACUCCCCGAGUACUUCAAGACACUCGGCAAGGAGUUGAACGUGUUGGAUCCCAAGGUGCCAGAAGACAUCUACAAGUCCCAUCUCGAAUCUUCGCGGACCGCUGGACUCACCAACAACGACUCCGCUCGACACAAUCUCGCCUCCGCUUUUGUCAACGCCUUCGUAAAUGCUGGCUUCGGAGACGACAAGCUCAUGCUGGUGGAGGGCGGGCCCAACAAGUCUUGGACGUGGAAAGUCAAGGAAGACGGCAUGCUGUCGACCGCUGCGUCUGCGGGUAUGCUCAUGCUAUGGGAUGUGGAAAUGGGUCUGGACAAGAUCGAUGCCUACACCUACGUUUCGGAGAACGAAGUCAAGGCUGGUGCUGCUCUCGCCAUGGGAAUCAUGAACUCUGGCGUCAAGCUCGACACCGAUCCGACCAUGGCGCUGCUUGGAGAUUUCGAGGAUAAGCCGGUCAGCGUCAAGGUUGCGAGCAUCAUGGGUCUGGGUCUCGCGUAUGCGGGCAGCCAAAACGAGGAGGUCUUUGCGACCUUGUACCCUCUCGUUGGUGAUUCCAGCCUCGACAUGCAAAUCUCGUCCAUGGCUGCAUUGUCCUUGGGUUUCAUCUACAUUGGCACCGCGAAUCCGGACAUCUCCGAAGCCAUCAUCGGCACUCUCCUGGAUGAAUCCUACAGAGCGAGGUUGAACGACAAGUGGGCGCGAUUCAUGGCGCUGGGUCUGGCGCUGCUCUACUUCCACAAGCAAGAGGAAGUGGAUGUGGUGGUGGAGACGAUGAAGGCUAUUGAUCACCCCCUCGCUCAGCCUACCUCAGUCCUCGCCGAGAUUUGCGCAUGGGCGGGUACAGGCACUGUCUUGAAGCUGCAGCAGCUUUUGCACAUCUGCAAUGACCAUGUGGAGGAGAAGGAGGACAAGGACGAAGAUGGCGAGGAGAGCAAGGAAGAGGCGGAGGAGAAGAAGCAGCAGAUGGAAUCCCAGCAGCUUGUGCAGGCCUACGCUGUCAUCGGUCUGUCCCUGGUCGCAAUGGGAGAGGACGUGGGACAGGAGAUGGUGCUGCGGCAGUUCGGCCAUCUCAUGCACUACGGUGAGGCCAACAUCCGCAAAGCAGUCCCACUCGCCAUGGGCCUCAUCACCCCUUCCAACCCGCAGAUGAAAGUGUACGACACCCUCUCGCGCUACUCCCACGACAACGACAUCGACGUCGCCAUCAACGCCAUCUUCGCCAUGGGCAUGCUCGGCGCAGGCACAAACAACGCACGUCUUGCACAACUCCUGCGCCAACUCGCCAGCUACUACCACCGCGACGCCAACGCCUUGUUCAUGGUGCGCAUCGCCCAAGGCCUGCUGCACAUGGGCAAAGGCACACUAACCCUCAACCCCUUCCACACCGACCGCGUCGUUAUCUCGCGCGUCGCGGCCGCGGGUCUCCUCACCGUCGCCGUCGCCCUCGUCGACAACCCCAAGCAAUUCAUCCUCGGCGACAACCACUACCUCCUCUACUACCUCGUGACCGCCAUGCAUCCGCGCUUCCUUAUCACGCUCGACGAGCAGCUGCAGCCCGUGCAGGUGAAUGUGCGCGUCGGCCAGGCGGUGGAUGUUGUGGGGCAGGCGGGGCGGCCGAAGACGAUUACCGGCUGGCAGACGCAGAGUACGCCGGUGUUGUUGAGUUAUGGCGAGCGGGCGGAGCUGGAGGAUGAGGAAUGGAUUUGCUUGGCGAAUGUGUUGGAGGGGGUGUGCAUAUUGAAGAAGAAUCCGGAGUGGGAGAAGCCUUAGAUCGAAGGACGUAGAGGAGGUAGAAAGGGAGUCUGAUGGCUGAAGAGCAUGCUCGUCGGUGUUCAUUGCCGCGUGGCGGCCACAAGUGGGAAUAGCAUCGUCUACCAUAGACAUCUUUGGCCGAGCACCACUGAAGUGGCUGCUAGGCUGUUGUAAAAUACAUCGCAUGCCUCUCGCCUUCAUCUCGUCUUCUUCGUCUCUUACAAAGUGCUCGUGUCUUCUCUCCACGGCGACAUGAGCCCGAAGACGAAAGCGCCUAGCGCGUCUAAAUCUUCCCCAUCAGGCUAGCCGCGGCUCGCCCAAGCGCC